AUGACAAGCACAACACCCACCUCGACGACGACGGAUGAGAAAUUACGAGUUUUCAUUCGUUUCAGACCACACGUUCUCGCAAUCGAUCCACCUACAGCCAACAAAGAUGAUGCCACAAAGUGUUGUGCUGCCUUUCACAAGUCAGGAAAGAAGCUCCUGUUGAAGUAUGGUGUUGAUCAACCCAAAGAAUUUCAAUUCGAUCGGGUUUUUAACAUGAACACAGCUCAGGGCGAAGUCUUUGAAGAAGCAGCCCGCCCGAUGAUCUCUACCUUCAUGUCUGGUCGAAAUGUUACCUUCUUGUCAUGGGGUGCACCACCCAAGUCAGGUAAAACUUUCACAAUAUUGGGCUCCGAAGCUGUGAAUGCUGGCUCAGUGAUCGAUUGGCAAGAGGAAAAGGACACUGAUGGUAUUCUGCCGAGAUUUGUUCGUGGAAUUUUCGAUGCUAUUGUGGAGAGUCCAGAAACACUUUCAUUCACAAUUAAAGUGAGUGUUUAUGAAGUAUGGAGUGGAAGUGGUAUCAUUUGUGAUUUGUUGAAUGAUAGUCAUGUUCAACAACAACACUCCGAAGAUUUCACUGGUCUCGAAUGUCUAUUGCAGGAGGAUACACAAGAAAUUGAAAUUAACGGACUCAUUGAACAAUUCGUGGAGGCUGAUGACGAGUUAUUAGACAUUUUGGCUUCAUCAAUUCAAAAACGAAAAAUUGAAAAAGUUAAAAAAGAUACAAAAUUUGCUUCCAACCUCAAAUUGACUUGUAUCGAUCUUGAAUCUCCCUUAAUUGAUAUUUCAGAAGAAGAGGCCGAAGAACUCGAAAAUGGACAUGCGACAUUUUCCGAUUUGUGCAACUUGAUGAAUGAUCCCAAAUCUCAAGAGGAUGACUCCCAGUUCUAUUCCUCGAGCUUAUCAGCUAUUCUAUAUUCUCGCUCUUUGCACAACUGUAUUGCUACCACCUUUAUAAAUUGCUCACCCGCCAUUCCUCAUGCAGCUCAAUUCACUCUGGGAGUUUUGGAAUUUGCGGACACAGCUUUGAAAAACCUUGUGGUACGAGGUACUGAUGGAGAUGUUGCUGUUUCAUCCAUCACAACGGAAAAAUUAAGUUCUCAUCCAGGUUUAGCUCCUGUUUCUGAUCUCACAAAGACCAUUGACUCUACUGCAGAACAAUUAAUUACUUCCGUUGCUACGGAUCUCAAAAAACUUCAAGACACAGAAAAGGAGUACUACCAACAAAAGCAACAAAUUAAGAAUUUGCAACAAAACUUGGAAGAAACAAACUCUCAAUAUAGAGCAUUACAAGAGGUCAAUUCCACACUGAAGGAUCAGAUCGAUCAGUUACAACUUCAACUUAGCAAGGUGAAAUCUUCUGAACAAGAACUCAAACAAAAACAGCCGAGGAUGAAGAAAAGAUCAAGGAGCAAUUAG